AGCAUAACAUUGAUGACGUAGUUAUGCCCUACAGUUUAGCUGUCAAACAAGCUAGCUAGCUUGAUAGCAGGUGGAUGUUGACAUGAAUAGUGAAAUCGUUAGCUAGCUUUUAUGUAUUUUUAUGGCUGUGACUACCUUUGUUGCCCGAGAAGAAAUGUAUACCAUUUGUUUUAUUUGCAAUACAUUUUGUGGUUUCUUCGGAAGAAGUCGCCUGUUAGCUAGCACGUUAUUUGUCAAUUGGUGUUCGAGACGCUAUAGCUAAUUAGAACAGGUGGUUGCCUCUGUCUUCUGGUAAACAAGCGUUGUAACAUGGACAUGUGGGAACCCUAACGCUAUACAGAGGGACACUCAUCUCCUGCUCCUUCCCCAGAGAUGUCUCUCCAGGCUCCUCUCCUACCUGCGGUGGUGCUGUCUCUGGUUCUGGUCGUGUGGGUUCUGACAGGGCUGACCCAUGCCCAGCCCAAGGCUUCUGUCCUGGACUUCUCAGCCAGCCUGGGUAACCUCCUGCCCAGCCUCAGCCGACCAGCCAACUCCAGCCGGAUCUUCUAUGGGGUAAUGUUUGACGCUGGUAGCACUGGGACACGCAUCCACGUCUAUACCUUCAUACAGAAAGACCCUGAGGAGUUACCAGUGUUGGAUAAUGAGACGUUCCAUUCCAUCAAGCCUGGUCUGUCAGCAUACGCAGACAUGCCUGAAAUGGGUGGGUAUACGGUGAAGCAGCUUCUGAAAGUGGCUAAGAAAACCGUCCCUCGGCUGGAAUGGAAGAGAACCCCGCUGGUCCUGAAAGCUACAGCAGGACUCAGGCUGCUGCCCCCAGAGAAAGCUCAGGCUCUGCUGGAACAGGUGCAGGAUGUUUUUGAUGAAUCUCCCUUCUUCGUCCCAGACGACAGCGUCAGCAUAAUGAAUGGUACAAAUGAAGGAAUCUUGGCGUGGGUUACUGUGAACUUUUUGACAGGUCACCUGUAUGCUGAGACCAGGAAGACAGUAGGGAUUCUGGAUCUGGGGGGAGGAUCGACUCAAAUCACUUUUCUCCCUAAAUCUAAGAAAACCAUUGAAAGUUCUCCUGCUGACUACAUUACCAGAUUUGACAUGUUCAACUCGACAUAUGAACUCUACACUCACAGCUACCUGGGUAAUGGAUUGAUGGCAGCUAGACUGGCAGCCCUAGGAGCACUGGGGGCAGAAGGGUUUGAGUGGAGAGUGUUCAAAAGCUCCUGCCUGCCUAAGAAGUUCAGAGAGGAGUGGAGCUUUGGAGGACUCACCUACACCGUCAGUGGGAUACCUGAUGGUUAUGCGGGAUACAAGCUGUGUUACCAGGAGGUGUUGAAGGUGGUAAAGGGAAUGGUUCACCAGCCCUAUGAGUUGAAAGACACCAGUGUGUUCUACGCUUUCUCCUACUACUUUGACCGAGCAGUGGAUGCAGGUCUUAUCGACGGGACCCAAGGAGGAAUGCUGGAGGUCAGGGACUUCAAGAAGAGAGCUAAAGAGGUGUGUAACAAGAUGUCUAAGUACCGUCCGGUCAGCCCCUUCCUGUGUAUGGACAUGACCUACAUCACCUGUCUGCUCAAAGACGGCUUCGGCUUCAAGGAGAGCACUGUACUGCAGCUGACUAAGAAAGUCAACAAUGUGGAGACGAGUUGGGCUUUAGGUGCCACAUUCAACCACUUCCAGAACCUAAAGAUCCACUGAGAGACAAGGAGCCACAGGUCUGGGUGGGCAGGAGGGGAAAAACCACUGGAUUAGAUAGUGUUAAUAAAUAAAUGGACUGAGGAAUCCUUGUUGUUUUAAACUUAACAGCCUUUAUUCCUGCCUUGCUGUGGAUUGUAAUGUCUUGCAUCUUUGACUUACUAUUCGACUAUCAAGAUUUGACAUUUCUGAGAUAACAUUACAAUUGUUACAACUAUUUUGGUUACCCAACACCUAAAUGGCUGGUACCAUAGUUCAGUAGAUCUGAUGUUUUCAUGUGACUGGCUGCUAUAGCACAGUGGUCUUAUAUAAUAUACAUCUCUAUUAAAGCACUGGGGGCGGCUGCUGACUGAAACUCCACUGACUUGUGUUACUGUAUAAAGAUGGAUAUUUUGACCAUCUGUUUAAUACCACUUGGGUCUGAUAUUUAUUUUCAUUAAAAAAUAAACUGGUAUGUGUGUAGAGCGUGCUUUGCAAAAAUAUUGUGUUCAAUUGUUCUACAUGCAGCCCUCUGUGCAUCAAAUCUUCCUGUGCCUUAGUUCCAAUAGCAGCUUGUGAAUUUGGAACUGUUUUCAAAGUUUCCUUUCUAUUAAUGAUGGGGGACAAAGCACAUUGCUGUGGAGCACAUUUCAUGUCAUUUUCAAAUAGUCUUAUGUCAGCUAAUGACUUGAUCAAUUUAUGUGAAUUAAGCUAAAAACAACAGCCUUAAUAUUGUUUUACAAAAGGGAUAUCACUGCAUUUUAGCCAUAUCUGCUCCCAGGUGAGCUUACACAAUUGAUUUAGUAUGUUUCACAAUGACAUCCAGGUAACUAUACAUGUACUUUCUUUUAAUAAAACUCAUGAUUUGUA